UGAAGAAAUUAGAGUUUAGGGAACAUGAAUGAUCCAGAACCCUGCCGAAUAAAACAUGAAGAUACUGAAAAUCAAAGAGGCCUGAUGGAAGAGAACGAGGAGAGUGAAACGAAGGAGAAACAUGAUGUCAAAAGUGAUGAACAUAGUUUGAGUCACUUUCAUUUCCUGAAAAGAAGAGACAAAAAAUCUUUCACCUGCCCUCAGUGUGGGAAGAGUUACACCGAACAAGGAAGCCUGACGAGACACAUGCGAAUCCACACCGGAGAGAGGCACACAUGUGAUCAGUGCGGGAAGAGUUACACAGAUAAAGGAAACCUUCAGGUGCACAUGAGGAUCCACACUGGAGAGAAGCAUGCGUGCAGUCAGUGUGAGAAGAGUUUCACAUACACACAGAGUCUUAAACUUCACAUGAGAAUCCACAGUGGAGAGAAGCCACACACAUGUGAUCAGUGCGGGAAGAGUUUUUUACAGAAAGGCGGCCUUCGGGAUCACAUGAAAAUCCACACUGGAGAGAAACCGCACGCAUGUGAUCAGUGUGGGAAAGGGUUUGCAAAAAAAGGAUCCCUUAAGGAACACAUGAGGACCCACACUGGAGAGAAGCCGCACACAUGUGAUCAGUGCGGGAAGAGUUUCAGGAAGAUAUGCAGUUUAAAAUCGCAUCUGCGUUCUCAUUCUGGAGAAAGACCGUUUUACUGUGAUCAGUGCGGAAAAACAUUUCUUAGGCCAGAUGCGCUGAAGGACCACAUGAAAGUUCACACAAAGGAGAGGCCUUAUGUGUGUUCUUUGUGUGGAAAGAGUUUCAGUCACUUGGGUACAUUAAAAUUACACCAGAAAAGACACAACGGCGUCAAGAAUCAUGUGUGCAUUGAUUGCGGGAAGACUUUUGUUAGAGAUGGUGAACUGAAACUGCACCAGAGAAGUCACACUGGUGAGAGACCUUACAAGUGUUCACACUGCGACAAGAGAUUCAGUCGAUCAGAACAUCUGAAAAACCACGCAAAACUACAUUAAUGUAAUGCGCAAAUCUCUCUGCUCGUGUGCGGAAUAUAAUGUGCCGCUCGCUCUCAGAUACACGCUCUUGUAAGAAUACCGGUAGGUCUCGCUCAGAGAAUCCGGCACAUAAAACGUGUUCAGUGCAAUCGCGAAUCUCUCCUCUUCCCCAGAUAACAAUUUUAGGUUAUAAGAACGUUUUCAUAACGUUCCCAUUAAGUUAUAAAAACGUUAUUUCUGAAUAUUCUAGGAACAUUCAAAACGUCCAGUUUUUGACGUUGUAUUAACGUUAUUUCUUGGUUAUAAGAACGUUCAGUUCUCCCUUUAUAUAAACGUUGUAUUAACGUUCUUGCUUGGCCAUGAGAACAUCAUUCUGUAAGAAAUUAUUGUCUGCUCUGAUCCAACUUCCACAUUCAUCAACUUCCUUCAUUAAAAGAGCUUACUUAUCAUAGAGACAAUCCUUUCCAAUCAAGUAAUGUGCACAGAGUCACAUUUAUCAACUAUAGUUUGGGAGCGACAGCAGGUAAUCAGGAACCAUCCUGAUUACAGGGACUUCAAAUAAAUGUUAUCACCUUAACAUUUGACUGUUCUACAUUGAAGUGAUGUACAUUGAGUUUCACACUUUGGAGUUGUGAUGAUGAUGAUGUCACCUGUUAAGCAUGAGAGUUCUGCCUGUUAUAUUUUCUCUAUUAUAAAUUAAAUGAAUCAGGUGAGCUGAUUGGGUUUUCAUCAAGGUGUGAGUGGGACUGUUAUGCUGAUGAGAUUAGGACUGGGGAAAUGGGCUAACUCCUGUACUUCAUUUACAUGCUGAGUGGGAAGACGAAUGGAAUACAGUAUAAUGUUUGAGCUGAGAUUAUUUCGGGGUUAAUUCUGACGCCGUUGAACCCAAGGUGCUUAGAGUGCCGUGCCACUGCUAUAGACCUUAUUCAGAGCAGCGCCAUGACAGGUAUGAAAGUGAGGCUGUGAGGGAUAGACUUACCAUGUUUCC